GUAAUCUGCAUAAUUUAUGAUUCUUGGCGCUGACAGGCAUAUUUUAACUUACGGGAAGACGCCAAUCGAUUUUCUGCACGCAGCUUGCUCUUGAUCCUCGAAGAGCAAAUUUGUUUCUUUACCUUGUCAAGAUCUUGUGCAUCGGCGAAAUGGCUACUGAACAACCUGCGAAACGGAGAUGUCUGGGCACGGAAUGCCCCAACGACGCCGGUUCCCUGCAAUGCCCGACAUGUUUAAAGGUUGGAAAGGAGAGCUUUUUCUGCUCUCAGGACUGUUUCAAGAAGAGCUGGGGUGAUCACAAGGCCGUCCACAAGACCGCAAACACCGGCCAUUAUAACCCGUUCCCUACCUACCCUUUUACCGGCUCCGUGAGACCCGUUUAUCCUCUGUCGUCGCGUCGGCAGGUCCCCUCGUCGAUUAAGCAGCCCGAUUACGCCAAGACGGGCAUUCCGCGCUCGGAACAGAUUUUCGUUGGCCGAAAUAAGAUUACUAUACUGGACAAGCAGCAGCAGGAUGCGAUGCGCAAGGUCUGCAAGCUGGGCCGUGAGGUUUUGGAUAUUGCCGCCCGUGCUACCAAGCCCGGCGUGACGACGGACUAUAUCGAUGAGGUUGUUCACAAGGCUUGCAUGGAGAGAGAUUGUUACCCUUCUCCGUUAAACUACUGCCACUUCCCCAAAUCGUUAUGCACGUCGCCCAACGAGGUCAUUUGCCACGGCAUUCCGGACCAGCGGCCGCUCGAAGACGGCGACAUUUUGAACCUUGACAUCAGCGUCUACCACGGCGGUUUCCACGCCGACCUCAACGAGACAUACUAUGUCGGGGACCGGGCCAAGGCCGACCCGGAGUCGGUGCGCGUGGUCGAGACGGCGCGCGAGUGUCUGGACAAGUCCAUUGAGAUUGUCAAGCCGGGAAUGCUGUUCCGCGAUCCCGGCACCGUGAUUGAGAAGCACGCCAAGAGCCGCGACUGCAGCGUCGUCAAGACGUACUGCGGACACGGCAUCAACCAGCUCUUCCAUGCCACGCCCAAUAUCCCACAUUAUGCCAAGAACAAGGCCGUCGGAACGGCGCGAGAGGGCAUGUGCUUUACCAUUGAGCCCAUGAUCUGUCUGGGAACGCACAAGGACAAGACGUGGCCUGAUGACUGGACCAGUGUUACCGCCGAUGGCAAGCGCACUGCUCAAUUUGAACACACCCUCCUCGUCACGGCCGACGGCGUCGAAGUCUUGACCGCCCGACUGCCCGACUCUCCUGGCGGUCCUAUCCCUAUGCCGAGCGCAACAAAUGGCGACGCAUCAGCAGCCAAACCCGCUGUUAACGGUUCAUAGACUCCCUUUUCUUUUUUCUUUUCCUUUUCCUUUUCCCCUCUUUUCUUGUCCCUAUACUGCAAUUCCAUACUCAAAAGCGAUCCAAGGGCACAAGCAUCACCCAAGUUCACUAUUUUCAUUUGACUACUCCUUAUGUACAUGGGCGGUAUCAGGAGCAAGACUCUAUAUCUCUUUCUUUCUCUCUCAUAUAGAAAUAAGCAUUGCAAUAUAGCCUUGUCAUGUCCAGCCUGUAACUCUGCAUUCCUGUUUCCUGUCUACUGUCCCCUGUCUACUGUACUCCUGUACUGCUAUACCACUGUACUACUGUAAUAUUGUUAGUUCAAACGAGGUCUGACUGCGAGUAUGUCUACACUCAAAUCGUGGCAGUCAUGGCAGUCAUGGCAGUCGUGGCAGUCAGGCACUUGACAGUUUUGACACUUGGACAAGAUACGAACCACAUGGCACACAAGUCAAUGACUGAAUGGUA